AUGGUCUUGCUGCUGCCUGCCAUGUUGCCCGCAGCGGCCUCGCAGGUGCGCUACCACUACCGCCCCGAGUGCGAGGCCGUGGUCAACAGCCGCGCCACCCUAGAGCUCCACGCCUCCUUCCAGUGCCAGGCCAGGGCCUGCUCCCUGCACCACCACCAGGACAUGGCCCUGCAGCACUUCUCCCGCUUCUUCCUGCUCCGCUCCCAGGAGCACAGCGAGAUGGCCGAGAGCCUGAUGUUCCUGCAGAACCAGCGUGGAGGCCGCAUCUCCUUCCUGGACAUCAGGAUGUCCGAGACCCAAGAGCAGGAGAGGGGCCUCCAAGCCAUGCAGGACGCCCUGCACCUGGAGAAGAGUGUCAGCCAGAGCCUGCUCGACCUGCACUACCUGGCCACCGAGAGCAGUGAUGCCCACCUGUGCCACUUCCUGGAGACGCGCCACUUGGACCAGCAGCUCGAGUCCAUCAAGGAGUUGGGGGACCAUCUCACCAACUUGCACAAGAUGGGGACGCCAGAAGGCUGCCUGGCAGAGUACAUCAUUGACAAGCUCACCUGGGCGCCUGUGACAAGGACUGAGCCUGUACUGGACUUUCCCAUGAGUUCUGGGUGA